CCAAUAGGAUUUCAGAGUUCGCACACUGAGCCCGCCUUGGCUGAACGUCGGCCAAUCUAUAUUUAGUACGAGAACUUCCUUCACAAAGACGGAGCAUGUUCCUUUGUACGAGCAGUUCUGAAAGAAUAUUGCUGUUUUAGGCAGUGAAUACGCGAUUUUGUUUAUAAUUUUACGCUGGAUUGGAGAACUGUUGUCACUUUUCAGAAGGACUCGAGGGGGAUGAUGGGAAAGUAACUGGUGGUUAGUGCAGCUAUCGAACUACGGUGCUCUCACCGAAGGAAUUCCAGCAUCAUCCACCUUGCUCCCCGGUUGGCACGAACUAAGUAAGGCCGGUCCGCAGUAACGUUACGGGCUUUUGGCGUUGAUCUGUUGGGGAUACAAAGAAAUGGCUUCAAUCAAGAGAAACCGUGAACAGUGACCAAAGGACGAAGACUGUUAUCUCGACAAAUAGCCACCUAGCUAGGUUAGCUAGCGAAGCUAACGUUGCCGGGACGACUUCCACUGGAACACAAAAGCGCCGCGCGUGAACGAGGGAGCCGGCCGCCGAGUGUGAGUUUUUCCUUCCCCGUUCGGCCCGAGAAGUUGGUGACAGCCGCGCGCCAUGAACGGCUUCAGCACGGAAGAGGACAGUCAUGACGGACCGCCUGCUCCGCCGUUCUACGGACAGAGCUGCUGCCUGAUCGAGGACGGGGAGCGCUGCGGCCGCUCGGCAGGAAACGCCUCCUUCAGCAAGAGGAUCCAGAAGAGCAUUUCACAGAAGAAGCUCAAGCUGGACAUCGAUAAAAGCGUGAGACAUCUCUACAUUUGUGAUUUCCACAAGAAUUUCAUCCAGAGCGUCCGUAACAAGAGGAAGAGAAAGACCAGCGACGAUGGAGGCGAAUCUCCAGAUCACGAUGUGGAGGUUCCUGAGGUGGAUCUGUUCCAGCUGCAGGUGAACACGCUCCGGCGCUACAAGCGGCACUACAAGCUGCAGACCAGACCGGGUCUGAACAAGGCCCAGCUGGCAGAGACGGUGAGUCGUCACUUCAGGAACAUUCCCGUGAACGAGAAGGAGACGCUGACCUACUUUAUUUACAUGGUGAAGAGCAGCAAGAGCCGCUUGGACCAGAAAGGAGAAGGAGGCAAACCGCUGGACUAAAGUUUCCCCUAAGCGCCCCCCGCAGCAGCGAACUGGAGCCGCGGCGAGAGAGAAAACAGCGGCAGCAGCUACAAAAAAAAACAACCGGAAAGCAGCAGAAACCAAAAGCGGCUCCGCCUCCGUCCCUCCUCCUCCUUCGAGGACGUUAAACGUAGCCGGAGGAGAAACGGAGGGCGCCAUCGACGCAGCCUGACCCGGCCCGCCGUUUCCUGUCCACGCGAGCCCGGUCCAGAAGGACUGCAGAGGAACCGGGCCGUCCCUCUGUAAUUUAUCUGUCCAGAUGUAUGGAAGAAGACAUGCAAUGUUCAAAAGAGCUGCCUUAAGAGUAAAGAAGCAACAUGUUUUUGUCCUUUGUUUUGGGGGGGGGGCAAACAGGAAGUCCUUUUUGUUCUGUUUAUUCCAAAAUAUUUCUGACUGACUUCUUUCCACACCUUCAGUGUCAAACAGCAACGGAACAGAUCCGAGUUGCCUCUUCCAGAGCUGGCGUGAUGCGUUCAAGGGCGGUGGGAAUGAUGUAGCAUGAGGCCGUGACCUUCCCUUUGCUGCCUCAGCCGAUCGUUGCUUCUGACUGUAGAGGCUGCGGCUGCUGACUUUGUUUCCCUUACAGAUGAAACACAUUAUUUGUCUUUGUGCAGAUUUCUUUGAUUUUGAAAUUCUUACAGGAAGUGACGGCUGGAGAGAGGAGGUUGCAUCUUUUAAUAUGUAACUCCUGUGUUGGAUAAAAGCCGGAUGCUCUGCCUUCAUACGAGCCGCUGAAACGAUUCCCAGGUUCUCGCUUCCAUUUCAUCCCGGCGGAUGUUUGGGGAGAAGUGUUGACAGGACUCACCAAAAGGAUUUCACGGAUUUUUGCUUUUUUUCCCCCCCAAAAAACUAAAAACAUCUGCAGCUAAAAGGCUGAGGAGCUUUCACGUGUUUACGGCUUCACGCCUGUUAGCGUCCAACUUUAGCAAACACUCCAGGGGUUAUUUACACUCAGACUUUUAUUUUGAAACCAUCCCUCCUGCCGUUUCUCUGCCAGUGACGUCAUGGAUUAGAAUUUGUGUUGGACAUUUAUGAAAGUCUUGUUUUUGCUUGUAGGUUUGUUAGUAUCAUGUACACGCGUAGGUCAUGCCUCAUUAACCCCACUGUUGUAUUAGAAAAAGCAAAUAUUAAAGUGACUGCUUACUGCUCCAAAUAUUAAUAAAUGUAUUGUACAGCCGGAA